AUGAUUCGGUCAGAGGAGAUUUCAGCUCAGUUACUUAUUUUUAAAAAUAUAUAUUUAAAAUAAUCCUCUAAUGCGAUUGCGCAACUUUACAAUCCACCAAAAUCAGGUCGUAACGUUACUUGUUGGAGACAGUGCAGUAAGAAAAACCUCUAUGUAAAGCUGAGGUGAAACAACGGGCAUCUGGCAACCUAGUGAAGGUGACGCGCUUCGAUGUGAUACAGUUGUGGUGAGCGCAGCGUCGAGACGUUCAGAGUGUCGCAUUUUAAAGCGGUGAAUGGCACGGCUGAAGCGGUCUGUGCGUUACUCCUCGACUACAAAGAGUUCUUGUGUAACCCGCUCAUCGUCUGUCGUGACGGAUCUACCAAACCAGGCCUGAUGGAUUCAGGUACUCGACGAGAGCUGCAUACAGCAGAUCCCAGCCUCCACUCGCUCCGUCACGGCCAGUCCUGAGUAUCAGGUGUUCUCCACAACCUCACCUUCCCUUUUUCUGCUUCUUCCCCAUCUCACUCCACCCCUGGCUCCUCAACCGGGCCUCCAGCUCGCCCUCGAGAUGAUUGGCAAGCUGAAGCAGAACUUACUGGUGGCCUGCCUGGUCAUCAGCUCCGUCACGGUCUUCUACCUGGGUCGGCAUGCUAUGGAGUGCCACCACCGGAUAGAGGAGCGCAGCCAGCCGCUGGUGAGCAGCCUGCGCACCACCCUGCGCACGGGCCAUAACCUUAGCACCCCCUUCAUCUAUAAUAAAGACAUGCCUCUUAUAUUUAUCGGUGGCGUCCCUCGCAGCGGCACCACUCUUAUGCGGGCCAUGCUGGACGCUCAUCCCGAAGUGCGCUGUGGAGAAGAAACCCGUGUCAUCCCUCGCAUUCUGGCCAUGAAGCAGAUGUGGAGCCGCUCCGGCAGGGAGAAAAUGCGGUUAGACGAAGCUGGAGUUACAGACGAGGUCUUGGACUCAGCCAUGCAAGCUUUCCUUCUGGAGAUCAUCGUAAAACAUGGGGAACCGGCCAACUACCUGUGUAAUAAAGACCCAUUUGCUCUUAAAUCACUUACUUAUCUGGCUAAGAUCUUUCCUCACGCUAAGUUCAUCCUCAUGAUCCGUGACGGCAGGGCCUCCGUCCACUCCAUGAUCUCCCGUAAAGUCACCAUAGCUGGGUUUGACUUGAGCAGCUAUCGGGACUGCCUGACAAAGUGGAACCGGGCCAUAGAGACAAUGUACACUCAGUGUCUGGAGGCAGCAGACAAGUGUCUGCCAGUGCACUAUGAACAGCUCGUCCUGCACCCGGAAAAGUGGAUGAGAACGCUUCUGAAAUUCCUGAACAUUCCUUGGAAUGAUGCAGUUCUGCACCACGAGGAGCUCAUUGGGAAAGUAGGAGGCGUUUCGCUCUCCAAGGUAGAGAGAUCUACAGACCAGGUGAUCAAGCCUGUCAACGUGGAGGCCUUAUCCAAGUGGGUGGGUAAGAUCCCCCCGGAUGUGCUGCGGGACAUGCCUGUCAUCGCCCCCAUGCUGGCCCGGCUCGGCUAUGAUCCCCACGCCAACCCUCCCAACUACGGCCGGCCCGACCCCCUCGUCCUGGAUAACACUAGAAGAGUCUUUAAGGGUGAAUUUCAGCUACCUGAUUUUCUUAAAGAACAAACACAGCUUCAGAAGUCCCCAGAAAAGCCAAACCCAAGUUAGGAGGAGAAGACUUUCAGAGCUUUAUCAGUAGAAGGCUGAGUAGAAGCAGAUGUUGUGGGACCAUGAUGGACUUGCGUCACCCCCGCUAUGCUGGGACCUCCAUGCAUGGAAACACUUAAACAAACACACACACAGACACAAACACACACAGGCCUCUGGACCCGGACCACUCUUUGGAGGACAGUUUUGGCCUUUGAUGUUGUACUGUAACAAUUGUGGCCUAAGAAUGUCAUUGCUGUUCUGAUUCUUUUUUUUAAAACUUUUUUCCACACUGUACUCUGUUUCAUUAAUUUUCCUGGCGACACAAACCUGUGAUUCUGUUAUAAGAAAAUACAGAGGAUUUAAUUAGCAGCAAGGAAAUAUUUAUGGAAGAGCGUUAGCUUUAGAAGACACUAUUUUAAUGUCAUUUUUAUUUUUGUUUUCAUGCCUUCGUAACGUGCAAUUCCUUGGGUACUGAAUGAUGUGCAAGACUUCAAUCUUGUGUGGAGAUAGACAUGCAUUUUGUUCUCUGCAUUCACAAUGGAGUGACCUUAUGUACAUUGAGAGCUGUAAUAAAUUGAGCUGCCAGUGUUGAACAGAAGAGGCUCAUUGACAUUUUCUCCAUUGGCAGAGAAGCGCACAUCGGUGAUGUUUGUUGUUGUUUUUACGAUUGUUAUUUUUGUACUUGCGUGUAAAUCAUAAUUAUGUACUCUUUAUUUCUUUAAAUGAAAUAAACCCCGAGCGCUGUUGGCAGCCAAUGUGCUGA